UCUGUUCGAUACAGUGCAAAAGUAACGAAGAAUAGCAUGAAUAUUCAUGCAAACUUCAGGAAAGUUCUAUGAAAAAAUAAUUUAUUCAGAUUUAGCUCUUCCAGUCAUCUAGUAGUGGCUUUUGUACAUAAUAUGCUAUGUUUUUUCUCUUUCUUUUAAAGUUUUUAUUUGGUGUUACUCUUUUUAUUUAUCUUUUAAAAAUCAUAAAAUCUCUAAUCAGUCAGCGCAAUUCAUUUGAUCACUAUUAAGUGGCCAAAUUCAUUUGGCUUUUCAUGACUGUUGUAAGAAAAUCAUACGGAAGGGGUUAUGAUUUGAAUAACAAUCUAGGCAACGUAAGCCAAAAUACAGUUUUACAAAAAUCAAGCACUCAUUAAAUGAUACCAGCCACUGCAGUACUUUUGAAAUUAUAGAUUCACAUUCCAAUUUCAUAAGCAAAAAGCUUCAGUGAUCUGGAGGAAUGCAGUAUGUUUAAAAAAGAAGUCUUCAUAGAUUUCUGUUAUUAAUGUGUUAGUACUUCCUUUAGAUUCUUAUUAACAUGGAGUGCCUUUUUAAUCUGUUAAAUACACUGAAAUCUUUUAAUUCUUUGUGACAAUAAAUGUGGAGGCUGUCUUUUUCAGACUGUUCAGUUCUUUGGUGGAUUGAGGCAUAGAGCAAAUUAGGGCAAAUAGGGAAAUUUGCCCUUCUGUAUAGAUUAACACAAAGGCUGUAUAAAUUAACUCUCACAGGUCUUUGCUUCAGAUACACAGGAAAUAAAAGUUUCUAAGCUCUUUUAAAGUUCAGUGGCUGGACAUAACUGUAGCAGUUAAGAGUAAAUAUUCCAUCUAAGCUGUUGUUUACAGAUUGCACUCUAGUAUUCAUAUACAAAAAAUUUGGUUCUUUGGGUAUACUAGUGCCCAUUAUGUUUUCAGUCACCAUUCAGUUUGCUUUUAUCAGCAACGACUGAAGUGGAACACUUCCAGGGUUUGCUCCCUGCAGCUGCUUUUACAGAUUUGCUGUGAUGGUUUGGUUCCUUUGACACCAAGGAUCUCUUACUUGACAUUGGUCAUGUUCUCCAUGGUACUGAUGGAUGGUACAAUAGUCAUGUGUCUUUCUACCAAGACCGCCAGUGAACAGAUCUAGCAGCAAAUAUAAAAUUCAGUAGAUUUAUAAUUAGCUUCUUUGCUAUUGGGGUAUUUGAGAGAGGAUUUUUUGCAUCAGCUUCUGUAAUUCCACUUGAUCCAGCACCAAUUUUUUGCAUAGAUACGCUAUUCUAGGCAGGAUUUGUUCAGUGCCUGUAUUUCCAGUCCCUAUCCCUGUCACUCCAGAUUUCAGAGGAAGAUACUUCGUUGCUAAAUUUACUCUUUCCCUGUAGCUCCUGUGAUAGUCUGGAAGGAGCCCCCCAGAGAUUAUAAAAAGGGCAGACAUUCUUACAGAACAUUCAUAGCAAUAUAUCGCAAUUAGGCACUUUUUAUAAGUGUGUUGUUCACUUCCAGUCCUACUGAUCUCACUGGGGCACAGAUCCCUGUUCUGUGAAGCUGUCUUUGAACUUGGCCAGAUAUGAAGUCUGGUACUCAAGAAAGCAAAAUCUGUAACAUUUCUGUCCCUUCAGUUUGUUCAGUCUCAACUAUGCAAGAUAGAGAAAUGACAAGUCUGCCAGAGAAUGUGUGCUUGAAGCUCAUGACGUUUGUGGCAGAACACACAUAAAAUGCAUAACUGGCUGAACUGUGAUGUCUUUGGAAAGAUGGUGGAGGUCGGUAGGUCUGUCCAGAAAUGCUGAAGACCUGAUUGGUCAUAGUCUGUCAGAAGUCCUGUUAUUAAAUUGGUGGAAUAGACCUCUUAAAUAUGCAGCAGUUUCCUUCUUUGCUACCUAUUAGGAAAUUGAUGAUUGGUGAUUUCACCCCAAGGGAGAAAAUGUAUUUUCAGUGUUUCAAGACUCAAGGCUUAUUGUUUUAGCAGAAGAUGUGCUGCUAGUAAAGGCUUGCUUAAUCAUGGGUUUACUUCAAGGGAUUUUCUGUCCUUCCUUUCCAUUGUAAUGCUAACAGUAACACUGUAGUAUAGUAAGGACUUGGCAAGUUCUUUCCUGUGCCAUUAGAAGGGGUUUAGAAUUGACAUAGAUUUCUCACAUUCUCAAAGCCCAAUUAAACACCUAAACUACUGAAUACUCAGCAGGAGUUUUUCAGAAAAUUCCAAAUAGUCUUUCAAAACAUAGUCUUCCAUAACACAUUUAACUGUUCACUCAGUCAAGCAAUAUGCUUAGAGAUAUCUUAUUUUUGUAAAGUUUGUGUGACUUCACAUAGUAAAAGGAAAAAUUCUUUAACAUUCUACCAUAGAACUUUUGCAGAUUCACUGUUAUUGCAUCAAAGUUAAUAAGUUCAGUUUCAGAUUUUACUAAAAGUUACUGCUGAAUAGCAGUGAGAUAACUGACUCGUGUUGAUUUUGUUUGAACCUCAACAACCUCCAGUGUUUUUUUCAGCAGUGCACCAUAUCUGAAAUACACAGGACUGAAUAUUUCUAUAUGCUUUCUACCCGACUCUUUUUAGCUCAUGCUUCCUAAUCACAUACCAGCUUUGCUAGGACUGUCCUGCUGUUUAUUCUUCAAUUUGGUUUCCUGUCUCUGUUUCCAGACACAAGAUGAGUGCUUGCUAGCAUCUUAGAUUAUAAUCCAUACAGUCAAAAGAAGGAAUGGUUAGUUACCCUAUAGCAUCUGUGGUUCCAAGAGGUAUGUGGUCUGUGGCUGCCUUCCUUUCCAUUAGUUCUGAGUCCAGUCUGAAUUCUUGUUGAUGAACUGAGAGGUGGUUGAGGCUGCUGCAUCUUUUGCUGCUGUCUUUACUGAUUGUGGCUGAGACUGUGUCAGAAGGCUUUCACAGUGGACAAGCACACUGUUCAGGGAAAAUCCAGUCUUGUGUAUAUGAGGCAUUUUCAUACCUAGAGUGAAGAACACAUUUUAAAAAACACAGCUACAAUGGGCAAUUAACCAGAGGCUUACCCCAACCCAGAAAUUUACACCAAAAGACCUGAUUGCUGCAAUGAAAGCCCUAAAUGUGGAGCUUGGAUUAAUUAUUGAUUUAACAUAUACCACACGAUACUAUGAAGUUAAGGAUUUACCUAAAAGCGUGCAGUAUAAGAAACUGUAUACUGUUGGACUUGAAGUCCCUGAUAAUGCUACUAUCCUGCAGUUCAAAAAAUGGGUCAGAAAAUUCCUGUGGGAAAAUGCGGGAAAUGAGAAACUCAUUGGCGUUCACUGUACUAAUGGAAUUAAUAGAACUGGCUACCUUAUAUGUAGAUAUCUUAUAGAUGUUGAAGGCUGGGAUCCAGAGGCAGCAAUCCAAGCUUUUGGUGAUGCUAGAGGUCAUCGCAUGGAUGGUCUUGUAUAUCUCACAGAUCUCAGAACACAACCAAUGAGAAGUAACCUUGGAAUGGAUGUAUGGGAUUCAGAUGAAGAUAUUAUUCCUCCACCACAUGCAAUGGAAGGACCUGUAGAGCGGUUCCCAAAUGAAGAUUUUCAGGGGUCUGGGAAAAGAUUAAGAAUUUAUGAUGACCACUCUCACAAUGAUUUGCAAGGACAGAUACAGUUGAGAGAUUUUGAUUUCAUCAGUAAGGGACCUGGACAAAGACGAAGACCGUUCCAUGACCAUCAGACUCAGGAUGAUUUAAGAGCACCAAUGCAGAUGAGAAAUUGGGACUACAAUAGGGGACCAGGACAGAGGCGAAGACCCUUUCCUGAUCACCAGUUUUAUGAUGAUUAUCAAGAAGACAUGCAGCUGAAGGACCUAGAUUUCAGUAACAAGGGACCUGGACAAAGGUUGAGACCUUUUCAUGGACACCAGUUUCAUGAUGAUUUACAGGCAGAGAGACAAUCGAGGGACACUGAAUUUAACAGAGGCCGUGGACAAAGGCAGAGAUCUUUUCCUGACCAUUCAUCUCAUAAUGAUUUGCAGGAAGACAGGCAGUCAAAGGAUUUUGAUUUUGGUAGCAGGGGCCGUGGCCAGAGACGAAGACCAUUCCAUGACCACCAAUCUCAUGAUGAAUUCCAGACUCAGAUGCAGUUGAAAGACUUAGAUUGUGUCAACAAAGGUCCUGGCCAAAGACUAAGAUCUUUCCAUGACUAUCAGUCACACAAUGACUUACAGCCACAGAUGCAAUUGGAAGAUUUUGAAUUUGUUAAUAGGGGUCGUGGGCAGAGGUUGAGACCUUUCAGUGAUCACCAGCCUCGUGAUGACUUACAAACAGAGAUGCAACUAAAAGAUUAUGAUAAUAUGGGUCCUGGACAGAGGCGCAGGCCUUUUCAUGACCAUCAGCCUUAUGAUGACUUACAGGAACAGACUCAGUUAAAAGAUUUUGAUUAUGUUAGUAAAGGGCAUGGACAAAGGCCAAGACCUUUUCAUGAUCAUCCAGGGCACGAUGACUUGCCACGUGAAUGGUGUUCAGACAGAAGUCAAUCCUUUUCUUCCCAUGAAAAUGUACCAGAACAUAAUUUCUCCUCAUCUCCUUCACUUCACAGAGAUUAUGGGUCUGAUAAUGAUGACUUUAACAGAAGUUAUAGUAAUAGACCAAAUUGUCCUGAAGACAAUAGGAGAAUGCAUCCCUCAGAUGAAUUUAAUAGAGGAAAAAACAGAUUUGCACCAUAUUCUUCACGAACAAUGCAUCCAUCUUCAUCUGUACACCAAGAAGAUAGUUCAAUAGACUAUGAACGAAAACCUUUUCAAGGUGAAACUACCAGAGAGAUGGAAAAAAGCAAAAGAUUGCCGGUUCUAACAGUUGAUUACAAUUAUGGUCUGCCAUUAGAUUAUGGACCUGAAGAGGAAGAGAGAACAUAUUAUGAUUUACCUCCAAGAGACCGCUACAACUGGAACUGAAUAAAAAGGACAAUGUUUGCUCAGCUUAGACUUACUUUUACCAUUUUACUUUGUAUGUGGACCAUUUUAUUUUAUUUUUUUUUUAACAAAUUAGGAAAAUGCAAAUUUCAGUAGUAGAGAACUGGUCUCUAUUGUAAGAUUAGCUUCUACUGAUGUUUGGUUCUUUAAAUUUAUUAGGGUGUAUUUGUUAAGGGUAGUUGGAGACAAGGUCUCAGUACACAUGGAAUUAAAGUAGUCCUUCCUUUAGUGAAAUUGGAACCCUGUACCUUAAAACAAACAACUUUCUGAGUGAUUGUAGUUGUGUCUUUUGUUUUACAUUUCUUUAAAAUGUAUGUAAUUUCCGGAUGCAAAAGUCAUAAUAAAAUACUGCACUAUCAGGUAGACUAGCAUUGAGAGUAUAGAAAAAAUACUAUUAAAUGAAUGAAGCAAAGUUAUAUCCACUUCAUCCUUUAAUUUGAAAAUACCAGUUUGAAUUAUUGCUAACAAUCUCUGCAGCAUUGCAGUUUAAUUCCAGGGUUUCUGUACUAUCAACUGAACUAACCUAGUUGCACUCUUUUUUCAUAGCAGAAUUUUUUCCAGAUUGCUAAGAAUGUGGAAGCAAAUGGAGUUUGAAUACUCUAAAUGUCAAACUUGCUUUUCAGUAAUCUGAAUAUCCCAUCCUGAUUGUAUAUUUUUUCCUGAUCCCAUAAGUAAUAUGUUUCAGAAUAGCCCAGUGUAAGUAAAUUUCACAAUUUUCUCAGCAACACAUCCAAAUGAGGUAGCUCGUAUAUCAUCAGCUUGCCUGUCUCAACUGGCCAAGAUCACUGGUACCUAUAUACUUACACCUCCUUGUUUGUCAGUCAUACCUGUCUUACUCUGCAGUUCUAUUUUUUUACUAGUCUCUUUUUACAGCACAGUGAAGUAAUGUAAUCAGAAUAGAAGAAUAACCUCUUCAGGUAAGUUACUUUUAAGAGUCAUGUAUUGAACGGUGUCCUCUGAACUGCCACUUCAGUGGGUCUUGAGAAGGUGGUGCAACAACAGUAACUAAAUUCAUGCCAGCAGCUGUACAGUAGCACCAAAAGCUCUUACUGUGGAUAAAGAAAUCUUAGUUCAUAGAAUGGAAAGCAGUAUUAAUGUAAUACUUAGGUAAAUCUUAAAAAUUACAUUUUUCAUUAUUACUACAUUUUCAUAAAUUAAUAUUUUUAAAAGGCAUCACAGUAAAUAAGGAUAAAGCUAGACUAUGAUAUUAAAAUAAACAAUUAAAAUGAAUGCUAGAUAUUUUAAGUCAUGCAGUUAAGAAACUGCCUCAAAAGCAGCGUAGCUGUAAAGCAAGAGAGUGUAGGUAUACACUAGAAAACUGCAAAAAAAAACCAUGUUCAUAGGCAGAACCCACAGAGCUUUUUUGCCUUCUAGCAGCAGCAUAAAACCCAGAUUUUCUGAAUUCAUGGUUCCAUGACUACUAAAUAAGGACUAGAUUUGAAAAGUGUGGAACAUCUGGCAACUCCUCUUGUUUUGUAACACAUGCAGAAAGUUCCCAAAAUAAAAGGAUUCUGUGGAUAUAAAUUUAAACUGCAAAUGAUUCAUUGCCUUUGCAACUGGUAGAACAACUUUGGCUUUGUUCAUUGUACAAAGUAAAUAGUUUUCUCAUUUUCACAGCAGCUAAGUCAGUUGUAUUUGCCAUUACAUCUCUGAUAGUGAGCCUCAUUCAUGUGGUCUCAGGUUGUGGAACUGAGCACUAAAUGUUAAGAAAAGGCAUUUCCUUCGCUUGCCUUUUUUUUUAAUUUUUAAGUGAGGGGUAAGCUGAAACUUUUUAUCUAGGCUUCUUUAUUUUGGAGGCAAGGAAGAUCUGCAACAUGGGCUACUAUAUUGCCAGAUUUUUUAUAAAAACAACAACAAAAAAACCCUGGUAUUCUCUGGCAGGGAGCUAAGAAUUAGGGACUGGUAUUACAAGCAUUUGGGGUGGUUUUUGUACUAUAUAUGCAGUAUUCAUAAAGUGAAUAAAGAGCAAACAUUUGCCCUUCA